ACGUAGAAGCAAUCGAGGUCGAGGUGGGCGAUCACCCGCGGCUCCUGCGGCUCGGGCCUCGCCACCGGCAUCGCUUCCCUUUCCCCGCCGCCGCCUCCCGCCGACUCUGCCCUCGCUUUCGCUUCCCUUUCUCUAUUGCUUCUUUGUUUAUGUUUCGGUUUCGGCCGGGCGCGAUCAUGGCCGUCCGUCUCGCCAGUUGGAGAGACCACGUGGCGGGCAUCCCGCGACUUCUAAGCGAGCCCGUCCCGUUGGCAACCCCAUCUCCACGCAUCUCCCCUUCCCUCGUCCCAUUCCCCUUGUCCACUCUACUCCUCUUCUCUUCCCCUCCGUGCCGCUGCCGCGUGAAGGAGCCGCGGAAGCGGCCGGACUUUGCCGCCGAGGCCGGGAGCGACCAGCGAUCUCCUGCCCCGUCGCACCAGAUUAACAGUGUGUUUUCCUUGACGUACGAGAUAUGGGGAACCGACAUUUGGCUUGACGCUGGAGCGAACUGUCGUUCGACAUCCUCAGAAGUUCAACUCUCUCCUGACCUCAUACUUGUGAUUGCGAAUUUGUGGCAUGCAGCUCGGGGUCCAAGAUCAACGUAUCCUCGUGUGUGGAAGACUGAUAAGAGAAUUGGCACCAUUUCCAAGUCAGAAAAGCUUGUCAAAUAUGGGAGGUUCUCCUACAUUUCACAUGCAUCAUUUUUGGGCUCCUUGUAUCCGUGGUCCGUUUCAGCCUACGAGCUAAUGCAGGCUCAAAACUACUCCCUCCGUUUUAAAAUAAGUGAUUUAAAAAAGAUCUAAUUUUAUACUAAAGUUAGUACGAAGUUGAAUCACUUUUGAGUCAUUUAUUUUAAGACGAAGGGAGUAUAUUCUGCAUUUAUUUUGGUUGCUCACAAAACUCCAACCUGCAACAAGAAUACCGUUUGAUU